UUGGGUCGGACCGAGGCAGACAGGCAGUCUCAAGAAGCAGCUGUCACAUGCUGCAGUUACCGCGACGUCGCUGACAGUCAAAGAUGAGGAAUUGAGCCAGAAAUACCUUAUCUAGAGGAACAAGUGGGUAUUUUGUCGAAAGAGCGCUGUAGAGCUAGUCACUGGUUAAAGUUGCGGCGCGCGAGGCAAACUGUUGAAACAGGAGCACGAGACCGAGGAGUGUGCUGGAGACGGCAGUUACAACCGACAAAGACGCGGACUCUACUGCUUAUAAUAGCAGCAGAUAUUUCGCAAUUUAAAUCGUUUACGGGAUAGGAACGGGGUCAGAAAAGUGAAGUCUGCCGGCGCUGACCAGGGUAGAAGAAGAAGAAGAUUACGUUAACAUGGUUACCACCAAGGGAACUAAUCUUAACCCCAACGCCAAAGUGUGGCAAGAGAUCCCGGCUCAACAAAAUGACAUCCCAGAAGUAUCCGAAGAUUCUUCUUGGCUCCACACCAACUCUUCUCCCCCUGAGAUGACUGAUGGGUUCUCAGAUGUUCUUUCUUUGGAGAGUAAAGGAUACUCUAUUGACUUCCUGAGUAGCCCUGAUGAGUACUCCACAUCUGAGGAUUUCGACCACACAGACCUGGGAUAUUUGGUCUUUGAUGCACAGGGCGACUCUGCCAUAGACACUGAACUGUCUAAGGAAGAAGUAGUGACUGAAGAGAGCUUACGGGAGUCAUUAAAGAAAAGACUGGAGUUCUGCUUUUCUAGGGAGAACCUCUCUAAGGAUCUGUACCUGAUAUCCCAGAUGGACAGUGAUCAGUUUAUUCCUAUCUGGACUGUUGCCUACAUGGAGGAUAUAAAAUCGCUCACCACUGACAUGGAUCUAAUUCUGGAAGUAUUGAGAGCCUCUCCUUUAGUGCAAGUUGAUGAAGCUGGUGAGAAAGUUCGACCUAACCACAGCCGCUGCAUCAUUAUUUUAAGAGAAGUGCCAGAGACUACACCAGUUGAGGAAGUAGAGGAUCUAUUCAAGAAUGAAAACUGUCCAAAGGUGUUGGGAAUUGAGUUUGCUCACAAUAGCAACUGGUAUAUAACAUUUCAGUCAGACAUGGAUGCCCUGCAGGCAUACAAAUACCUACGAGAGGAAGUGAAAAUGUUCCAGGGGAAGCCCAUCAUGGCUCGGAUUAAAGCCAUAAAUACAUUCUUUGGAAAAAAUGGCUUCCACAGUAUGGACUCGGCGUAUCAGCAGCAUGCCCAGCCUCAGGCCCAGUAUGUGUCUCCAGUUUACAUGCAGCAAGUGUACAGCCCUCAGCAGGAGUUCCCCAUUUAUCCUGUGGUGUCUCCCACCUGGAAUCCUUCUAUCGUGCCACACUUUGAAACGCCACUGGCUCCUUUCCCCAGUGCAGGAUUCAUGAAUGGAUACAGCAAUCCAGGGAACUACAAACCAAACUCCAGCAGCGGCCACCGUCCUGCUGGCAGGAACAGGAACCACAUAAAAAGUUACCCUCGACCAGGCGAUGCUAUUUCUCCUAACUUGGCUCCAGGAACCAUGGUGGAUGGCAUCUCUGGCCCCAUGAGUCCACAGGACAUCCAGGCACUAAGGACUCUGUCCAGCAUUAAAUCACAUCCAGCCUCUUCCUUCCACUUUAAAGACUCUUCUUCACUGUCCUCCAUAUCCAUUGGAGAUCAGAGCCGCUCUGGGCGAGACAGGAGAAACGGCCACAGAGGCAUGAGGAGGAAAAGAGAAGAUGAACAGUCUAUGAAACCUGUCCCUUUGAUGGAGGUCAAGGCAGCCCCUUCUAACUUUGAUCUGGCAGCUUCAAGUUUUCCUCCUUUGCCAGGAUCUGUGGUUCAUGUUCAGGGGGAAACCGUGACAGAGGUGCGCCUCUCCGAUGUUGUCCGUGGCCUGAGGCUCACAAGCAAGGCAGGAAACCAGGAGAACAGCUUGACCCAAAACUCAAAAGACUCUGAAAGUCCUGCAAGCAAACAGGAAUCUAUCUCCCUGCCUGCUAAACCCACUGUUGUUGUUGAGGCACAAACAACAGCAACAACUCCUCCAGCAUCAAGAGCUUGUCCAACAGUAACAAAAGGAGUUAAAACCGAACCAGCUGCUGUACAGAAAAACUUGCCUCCGUCCACUGAACCUGACUCUAAAACCACUCCAGAACACAAUCCCAACACGAGCAGCAAAAGUGUUUCUGCUGAACAACCUUCGUCUUCAACAUCAGAGCAAGACCUGAAGCCAAGAAAGCUUAGCUAUGCAGAGGUGUGCCAGAGGCCAGCCAGAGACCCACCGCUAGCAGAGUCGCCCUCCCCUCCUGCCACUUCACCCCACCACCCUCUGAAGGAGCUCAAGGUCAACACCGUCAAGGACCCUCAGCUGAACUCUAAAAAGAGUCCAGAGAGAGUUGGAGAUAAACCUCAUCGGCAGCCUUCACGUCCAUUCAGAGGUGCAGCUGGUCACGCCAGAGCGAAAGGUUCAGGGAUGAAGAUUCGGGAACAUCAGAGAGACCAAAAUACUGGAAAGUGGUUUUCCCCUCAGCGAGGUCCCAAACGCAGCGGCAAAGAACAGAACAUACCCCCACUUCAGCAGAAUAACUGAAGCUGGAACUUUACGGACCUUAUUUAAAACGUGUAAAUAUGUAAAUUCAGAUGAAUAUAUUUCUUUUGACGGAUUUUGUCAAAGAAUCAUGAGGUCUAAAAUUAUUCAGAGACUUUGAGUCGAUAUUCCUUAAAGGAAGAUGUGUAUUUCAACAGAAUUCAAGACUGAGUGCUUAAUUCUACAAUUAACCUUCCAGGUUUAUUGUAAAAUUAUUGUUAACUUUGAUACUUAAUACAGCAGUACUUCACUUACAUACAGAUGAGCAACAUAUUGUCAGCAGAAAUCCUUUGUUAUACUUUACUGUGUUUGUCAUCUGAUCUGGCAAGUUGUGCUUUUUAUUGCAGGAAAAGUUUUUUGCAGUCUGGCACAUUGAUUUUGAGACAACAGUUCAGAUUUUCCUCUGGUGGAGAAAUUCUAUUCAGGACUAUAAAGACAUUAAAUAGAAUGAUGAAACAAAACGGAGCACUGAUUUUGAAAAACCUUAAUGUCAGACAACUUUAAAGUUUGACUUCGGUUUCAUUUCACCAUCAGUGAUCCUGAAUAUCAUGGACUACAACUUUUUAACAUAACCAAAGGUUACGGAACCCUCCAUAGACGAGGGUACAUGAGGAAAUGUGUUGGGUCUUUUUUCCUCUUUUAGUUUUGCAUUUUUGCUUUUUAAGCUGUAUUUUAACACAUUAUAGUAGGUAAAUAUUGGAGAAGAAGGCCCAUCUUAUUUUUCUUUUGAUCUUUUAAGUGUUUCAUAAACGUAGAAUGUCUGAAUGUUUUAAGUUUUGGGGGACUUUAUUAGUUUAUUAUCAGUUUAUUAGUUCAAUGUUGCUAACAUUUUUAAAAGGGCUUCUGCUAGAGCUGAUUUAGUGCUUGAGUAAUUAUGAAUCAUCUAUUUUUCACUUGCAUUUUGUAGAAAAGCCAAACAAAGUGUCAGAAUAUAAAGAAAAAUAUGGAACUUUACCACUUAGCAGAGGCUAAUUAUCCACUUUCAUUUCUGACUAGGUAAUGUUGAAUGUACUUUUGUUUUUAUUAUUUAUAUUCUUUGACAAUACUUUUUUGACAUUUCAUUUUUGAAUUUAAAUGGUCAGUGGUAAGCAACCCUGGCCAAAAAUGUAGCAAAAAACCCCACAAAAUUUUGUAAAACCUUUACUGUUUUCUCUCCGUUUGAUUUUGUAUAAAUUUUAUGAUUCAUAUUUUUCCCCCAAAAUGUUUCAGAUUUGCUCUAUUUCCUUAGUUCAUGAAUGAUUCUAUUUCUGAAAACAAAGAGCUAUACAAUGUUUAGAAGUUGGUUUUGUAUUUGGGGGAUAAUCAUGAGUUGUUUGCCAAAACAAAAGCUGUGAUAUGGAUGAUUACUCAGUACUUAUAGAGGAAAAACUUGUGUAUUGUAUCAAAUUCUCUAACUUUGGGUUGAGUUUUACCUUGGGUUGUUGCAUACAUGCAUAGUAACAGUAUAAAAAUGAAUAGUUUGGUAAAUGUUUUUAGAACAGCUUUUUUAUACAUAUAUAUUAUCAAGGGUUCAUAAUUGUUCUGUUUUUGCACUUUUGUGUUUAUCAAAGGGACCUUAAGAAUAAGUGUUUUCAAACUUUUUUUUUCUUUCCUCUACUUAACUUUAAAACUAGCUUUUUCUUUAACCAUUUGGUGUCUUUGAACUGUUGAUGGUAAUCGUUUGCAUUUGUAUGAUGAGACAAAAAAGGCUGUGAAUGCUAUGGGGUCAGCAACUACUGGUUUGUGUUUCUUUUUAUUUCUUUUUGUGACACCCAACCUGUUUUCUAGUCUUUUAUGAUAUAGUCAAGAUUUGUGUUCAGGGUUGUCAUUGCUGUUGAAUCUUCUAAGUAUUUUUUAUUUUUAUUUUUUUUUUUUGCUUUAUUCAAGAUUUUAAUUGUGUUCACUAUUUACAGUAAAUGAGUUGACUCGUCUCAAGAUGGAACAUACCUGUGGAGGGUGUCGAUGAAAUGUAUUUCAUAUGAUCUUGAAUUUUGUAAUGUUUAAAAAAUGUGGGGUGGAAGGUUGAAUGCUAUUUUUAUGCUUUCUUUUUUGUUCUGAACUAAUUGUUUAAAGAGAGGGGAAAAAAGGUUCAAAAUUAGAAAAAAAUAAUUUUCAGCCAGUGGAUAUCUGAAAGCAUGUUUUUCCUUGUGCCUUUGCUUGUUCUGUUGCAGCAGAAAGAAUUCUAAACACAUCAUGUAUACCAAGAUUUUUUGGUUCCUUCUCAAAUAAUGACAUAAUGUGCUUAUCAGGGGCACUUGUUUUCAUUAUUGCUCAAUGUCUUUCUUCAUUGGAAACAUGUUCAAGUCAGUUGAUCAAACUCAAAAAUUAAACUUCUUUAUGUCAA